AUGUUGUCCUCCAAAAUUCUCUUGACUGCCCUUAUCUUUGGUGCUGUUGUGCCUCACACUCUUGCUGUUCGGUAUGAUGCUAAUGGUGGCAGUGACACCAUUGUGGUCAACGACAACUUUGCCAUUUGUGAUGUUGAUGUUGAAAUCAAUAUGAGAAAUUUUGGCUACACUAUUGAUCCACAGAUCAGUGUCUCUGUUGGCGGACGCUCAAUUACUCUUUUGGACUUCGAAUGUCCUUUUGGUGUAAUUGGAUCUACAAAUCUACAUGUAGUUUUCGAUGAUGAUGCCAGCACCAAUCCAAUUGACUGCAGUUCGGUUGAUUCGACUGAUGGAUCUGCUGUUCAACCAUUCGAAAACUUUGCCAGUCUCAAUGGCGAACCUUCACAAGGCACCUGGCAACUGAUUCCGGAUUCCAGGAACUCUUUCGUUUCUGAUGCACUAAAUCAAUGGGCUGUGAUUCUCACCCCUUGUGGUGAUGGAGCUGGGACUGGUGACCCCCACUUCAAGACCUGGGCAAACAAGUGGUAUGAUUUCCAUGGAGCAUGUGAUUUGGUCUUCAUCAGUAACCCAAAGUUCUCACAAGGAACUGGAUUGGAGAUCCACAUUCGAACCAAGGCCCGCUACCAGUACUCCUUCAUUGAGUCCGCUGCUGUCCAAAUCGGAAUUGACAUCUUGGAGGUUGGUGCCUUCGGUGGAUACAUGCUGAAUGGAAUCUCCAAUGCUGAGCUGGAAAAGAUGGAUAAGUACACUGUCACUCAUGAAAAGGUCAGCCCCAAGCAGGAUGUUUUCACGAUUGAACUUGGAGAAGGCAAGCAAAUUGUGGUCCAGUCCUUCAAGGACCUUGUCAGCGUCAAGACGGUGGGUGCCGGCUUUGAGGAAUACGGCGAUAGCAUGGGUCUUUUGGGAGAAUUUGGUUCUGGCAAGUGGCUUGCCCGCAAUGGAACAGUCAUGUCCAAUGCCGAUGACUUUGGAAUGGAAUGGCAAGUUCUUGAGUCGGAACCCAAGCUUUUCCAAACUCAGCGGGUCCCCCAGCGGCCGGUGCAGUGCACUAUGCCGAGUAGCGAGAGGGUUGGUCGUCGUGGACUUGGUGAAUCCAUUGCCGAGGCUGCUGCCGAGAAGGCCUGUGAGCAUUGGGGGGACCUGAAGGACCAGUGUGUCUAUGACGUCAUGGCUGCUGGAGACUUGGAGCUGGCUGAGGCCGGAGCAUUCUAA